AUGAGGAAUCUACUACUUCAAGCUCUGUUAGCUGUGUGGAUGGCUUGUAUGGUCUCUGCAUACGGGAACUAUGGAGCGUACGAAAGAGUGAUGUUUUGGUAUGCCUACCAAAUUGAUUGCGAUAUACACGGCGGACUUUCUCAAAUUGUUGCCCCCGCCUGCAGUCGUAAGGGGCGAUGCACCUUCGAGCAGUUCAUGAAGUACAUCGAGAAAUCGCAACCAAAUGUCACCCCGAGAGGAAUUGCGAACAACCUGGGCGUCGAUGAAAUGGCCGGGAAGCUCUAUGAUCAGGGCUUUAAGGGAAAAUACGAUGGCACGCAUAUUAUUGAGGGAGAGUCAGAUGACGAGCAAACCACAGCUCGAAUCUUCAAGACAAUCGCCCAAAAGUUCCGAAAAGAAGCCUUCAUCAAUGACGCGAAGGAAAAGAGCAUGGAAAACUACAAGAGUAUGCGAACGGCUUCUCAGCGCGUGCACUUUCUGCGAAAUAUCGAAUUCGCGGAUGACUUGAAAGCUGGGCUAGAAAACAAGGGCUACACAGUCAAAACAAAGUCAAAGCAGCUCACCAGCGAUGCCAACAGUCAAAAAGCGGACUUCGUGAACGUCAAGGCAACACGACAAGCCAAUUCCAACAUGUCAGAAAAGGAUUGGGAAGACUUAUUUGAUGGCUUUGUUGGAAAAAAGGGUAACGACAAAAAAUGGGGCAAGAUGAACAUCCACUCUCAGGUUCUUCAAUCUGCGAAAGAGGUUAUGCUAGGCAUUCGGACUUGCAGUAACAAUUAA